UCUGUUUGCCGGGCUCACCCUGCACAAUGUCCACCCCUCCUGCCAGCAAUGGGGUCUUUGUUGUCAUCCCCCCCAGCAAUGCCAGCGGCCUCCACCCACCUCCAGCCGUCCUGCCCACCUCCUUGUGCCAGCCUCCCGGGGUCAUGCAGUUUGAGGAGCCAACACUAGGGACGCAGGCGACCCGGGCCACCCAGCCACCUGAUCUGCGUCCUGUGGAGACGUUCCUGACAGGAGAGCCCAAAGCCUUAGGGACAGUACAGAUCCUCAUCGGCCUCAUCCACCUGGGCUUCGGCAGUGUGCUGCUCAUGGUCCGCCGCGGACACCUGGGCAUGCUCUUUAUCCAGGGUGGUGUCCCCUUCUGGGGAGGAUCCUGUUUCAUCCUGUCUGGAUCCCUGUCCGUGGCUGCUGAGAGGAGCCAUGCCAACUGCCUGGUGAGGAGCGGCCUGGGCACCAAUAUCCUCAGUGCCGCGGCCGCCUUCUCAGGGACAGCAGUGCUGCUCAUGGACUUCGGCGUCACCAGCUGGGACGUGGGCAGGGGCUACCUGGCAGUGCUGACCAUCUUCACCAUCCUGGAGUUCUUCAUUGCAGUGGUUGCCGCCCACUUUGGAUGCCAGGCCGCGCGCACACAGGCCAAUGCGUCGGUGAUCUUCCUGCCCAGCGCCUUCAGCUCUGACUUCAUGGUGCCUACUCCAGCCGCCUCCCCACCCCCUGCCUACGACAACGUGGCCUACGUCCCCAAGGAGUCCUCUGAGUAGCCAGUGCAACCCCAAAGGCUGACCUUUCCUCUCAGCCAGCCUCUCCUGCCCAGCCACCCUGCCCCAUCCCUCUGGGCCCAGACGGAGAACCCAGCAAGGGUGGUUCUGUCUACACCUUCCCAGGGCUCCUUCUCAAAAGACACCAGCUGGGUGUCCUGAGUGUGUGCCCCUCACCCCUCCAUGCCCUGUGCUGCUGGCCCGGCCAUCUGGCUUCCAAGACCUGAUGCUCCCGAGAGGUACAGGUGACCUUGGCUCUGUCCAUGCCACCACAUCGACCUCAAUCCCCACCCUAAAUCCACAGCCUGGAAACCAGAGCAGGGUCCCUCAGGGUUCUGGGCUCCCUGCAAUCCUGGGUCUGGGCUGGCCUCGCCCCUUCUUCCUGAGACCCUGCUUCCCCUGUGAAUGGAGCUGGUCCUGACUCUGGCCCUGCCCACUGCCUGAGGGAGAGCAGGCUGCAGAGGAAGCUGGAGAUGCUGCCCUCGCCCCACGCAGCAUGGCAGGGGCCACCCACCCAGGGACCCUCCUGUACUCUUCAGGGCUCCCUCCCUUCCCCAUUGCCCAGGAUCAAGGAUGCCCUACCAGUAACCAUAGGAACCAGCUGGAUCUCCAAGGGAACAGGAGACACCUUACCUCUGUCACAGACCCUGGCGUCACAUGUGCCCCAUACCAUAGGGGCAAAUAAACAGUGUGGCUUUGA